CGUAAUAAUAUCCAAAACGAACUGACGUCAAAUAUAAUCAAACAACAUAACAUACAUCGAUACAUUCUUGACGUUCUUUUUAACAAACAAACACAUGCGACUUUUAGGGCAAACAUGUUAGCUGAAGACGUUGAUAUCACCCUCGAGAACUUGCUUGAAUUGGCUCUCGGUACUCCAGAGAUUGGUGCCGUUAAUUUUAACUUCCUUUAUGAAGUGAUAAGCGAGAUACUUAAACAUUUAGGCAUCUCUAAAAAGCAUGCGAGAAUAACUCAAGAGGUUGAUUAUCGCCUGAUUGAAGCGUUGCCACGUCGAACUAGUGAUCAUAACCCAAAGAAAAAUGUAUCGAUGGAUUCAGUUGCGGAAGCUCCACAAACUACCAGUAUAACAUCACCAGUAAAUAUGACCGAUGUCGUAGCCGAUAGUAAGGAUGUGACAAUGAAUGCAGAUGAUCCUGAAAAGAACAUCAGCAAGGAAAUGCCGGCUAAAAAAUCAUCAUCGAGCAAGACGGUUGUAACAAAGCCAAGUAAAAGUGGUGAAGAUAUAAAAGACCGUCGUUUGUCCCAAGUGACACCACUUCCUGUUCCUCCUACGCAACGAAGAAGUUCUAUCGUGCAUUCGCGGAGAAGUACAUACACCGGACAAAGAUUGUCUCUUAAGCCAGGAGAUUCAAUUAACCAAGACAUAUCCAUUGUAAACAGAUCAAUGGAACGCCGAGAAAGCAAAACACCAGCUGGAGAUAUGUGGCAUGUCUUAAACAUUAAUCGGCGUGUUGAAGCUGCAGAAGCGGCAAUCCAAGGCAUGACGAAUUUGAUUGACACAAUAACAACCGAACUGGACGAAAUGAAAAAUGCUCAAUUUGCUUCUACAUCAGCGUGUGAUACACCGGAUAUCUCUAGGGCAAUUGCUGACCAUCCCGUCCCCAGUAUAAACCCAGAAGACCACGACACUGUUAUGAGAAUAACAACUAAGAUUGAGAAAUACGAUAAAGAGUUGAGUGACUUGAAGGAAACGAUAAAAGGAUUGGUUGGCCAGGAACAGCUUGACUCAUGUUGUACUGUAGAGCAAGUAAAAAAAAUAAUACAAGAACAGUUAAAUGGCUUCAAGCUAGACAUACCAGAGCCUGUCGUACACAAGCCUUCUGAAGUUAACAUAAGGAAAGGCUCGUCGCACUAUCAGGAUGCAUCAAAUAAGAUGAUAUAUUUGGAACAGGAAAUCAACAUCACGAAAGAGCGAAUGAAUCAGCUGGAGUUAGAAUUGGAGAAGAAAUUAGAGUUAUCGUCAGUGGCAGGAAAGGCAGAGCAAAAUGAGGAGGAAGAGCGAAUUGGAGACUUCAAAGCAGAAAUAAAAAUGCUGGCUGAGCUUUUGCAAAAACUGGAAGACAAAUAUGCAGUAGUUAGCGUUGAGGUACAAGGUCUCCUCUCUCAACAAGACGAAUUUUCAACACAACAGAAAGACUUUGCAAAUGCCAUGCGUAAGCUGGAACGCAACUUAGACGACAUGAAUGAUAAUUUCCAUCGAAGACAGUCUGGCAUGAUUCAAAACACAUCAGUACAUAACAUAAUAGAUGAGGCUACCAUUACUAAAAUUCGUGGUACCAUUUUUGACCUGCAACAACAACAUAUUCGGUUUCAAAAUGAAAUCGACGGCCUGUUACAAGAUGGUAAAAACAAAGAUGUGAAGUUUUUAAAAAUGGCUGAAAACAUCAAAAACCUUCAGGAAACCAAAGUGGACAAAGAGUAUGUGAAAAAGAUGAUGAACACAAAAGCGGAUUUAGAUCUGGUCGAAAACAAAGUAGACAGAGACCAAUUUGAUGCCUGUAUCGGUGAAAUCGAUCGAAACGUACAGAAUUUGAUGCAAAAGAUGGAAACAACGGAAUCAACCACCAACAAAACUAUCAGCUCGCUACAGCAAUGCAUCAAUACAAAGAUAGAUCAAGAAGAGCUCGGUAAAAUUCGUUCAUAUAUCGACAGCCGCUUCAUUUCGUUUAAACCAAAGGUUCCCAUUAUCCAAAAAUCAGAUGAUGGUUCAGCAGGUAGCAGAAAGAAGUUGAUACCUCACUGUAACUGUAUUUCGUGUGAUCGUCCAGUGAUUGUGUCCACUGCUCAAACAGGUUUGGCCAUGCCUAAUUUCCAAGCUCUUCCUGGUAUGAAAUCGUUACGACCGGUGACGACUUUUGACUUACACACAAUUCGGCAAAGUAUGCAAAAAUCGUUUUGUAAUGGCAACAAACGAAGAUUCGAAAUGGCGGAAGAGCGUUACAAACUCCAGAAGGAGCUGUUACAACUGUGUGGUGUACGCGAUCUUGAUGAGCUUGCUGCAUUAACAAAUCGUGCCUGUGGAGGAGUGCACACGUUGAUUGAACAGCAUCGCCGCAAUCCAGGAAAGCCUGCAAUGUUCUAUAGAGAAGAUCAUGUCCCAUUUAACACAGGAGAGAGACAGCUACUUGAAACUGAUGUGCUAGGAAGAGACGGGCACGUCUACAAAGGAAGAAUCCAGUCACCAGUUCUACCUUUCAUUGAAACAAAAGAAGAUGUGAGAGCAGCACCGGUACGCCAUAUUGAAAGUCCGAUUAUACCCAGAUCUUCUGUGCAACAAAGCCGCAGUACAACAAGUGCUGGUGGUGCUGCAACCCCGGGAAAAAUACAAACAGUGGAGUAAACGUUUUUUGUAUCACGUCGUAUUUUUAAAUAUAUCUUCAUUAAUUUCAA